AUGUCAAAAUCCCUGUUCCCCCGGUUCGUAGAGCCAGUUUCGAAUGUCACCGUGACUGUUGGUCGCGACGCCCUGCUUGCCUGCGUCGUGGAAGAUUUGCGAGGAUACAAGGUGGCAUGGGUACGCGUGGACACUCAGACAAUCCUGAGCAUCCACCACAACAUAAUAACGCAGAACCCCCGCAUCAGCCUGUCGUACAACGACCACCGGUCUUGGUACUUGCACAUCAAGAACGUGCAGGAGGUGGACCGCGGCUGGUACAUGUGUCAGGUCAACACCGACCCCAUGCGCUCCAGGAAAGGAUACCUACAAGUUGUUGUGCCUCCAGUGAUAAUAGACAACAUGACUUCAAUGGAUAUGGUGGUCAGAGAAGGAACCAACGUGACAAUGGUUUGCCGCGCCACAGGGUACCCAGAGCCUUAUGUUAUGUGGCGCCGUGAAGAUGGUCAAGAAUUCAAUUGCAACGGAGAAUCAGUCAACGUGGUGGAUGGCGAAAACUUGACCAUAUCAAAGGUGUCUCGACUUCACAUGGGUGCCUACUUAUGCAUAGCCUCCAAUGGAGUACCACCUUCAAUCAGCAAACGAGUAGUUCUCAUGGUGCAAUUUCCGCCGAUGCUGUCGAUACCAAACCAGCUCGAGGGGGCCUACAUAGGACAGGACGUAACGCUGGAGUGCCAUACAGAAGCCUACCCCUCCUCAAUUAAUUACUGGACCACCGACCGCGGAGAUAUGAUUAUAACAGGUAACAAGUACCUCACAUUUCUUACCGACGAUCAUUAUACCCGGAAGAUGAAAUUAACGAUACGGAAAGUGUCGUCCAGGGACUUUUCUUCGUAUCGUUGUGUCGCUAAAAACUCCCUGGGGGAAACCGACGGGCUAAUUCGGCUGGAUGAAAUACCGGCCCCGUCGACUUUGAGUACGACUUCUUCUUACAUCACCCACCCGCCUAAGAAAAAAGUCAAACAAAAAAAUAUGUGGCGAGACAGCUCUGCAGAAAAUAGAGUUGUAGGCGACUACGAAGUCGAGGAAUUAAAACGAGAAUACGAGACAGCCGAGUCUGCAGCGUCCUUCAACUCUGCAGGACUCAUCAUCUGUUUGACAGCAUUAAUCGUCAGCUGA